AUGCCAUCAAGCGUCCAGACCAAGGUCAAGUAUCUGGUUCUCGAUGCCAUCGCCUGUGCUAUCGUAGGAGCAAAGCUGCCAUGGUCAAAAGUAGCUACGCAGGCUGUAUUGGACAUUGAGGGGACUGGCAAGUGCGCCGUCUUUGGCUGGAACAAGGACAGCCAGCGCACAAGUCCGCUCAAUGCAGCCCUCUUGAAUGGGUCUUUUAUUCAAAGAUUCGAGCUCGAUGAUGUCCACAUUGAUGCACCGUGGCAUGCCAACUCAAUCAUACUGCCAGCUCUGUUCGCUGCAGCGGAGUACGCUCAGGGGUCGGAUGCGGGAUCGAAGAUUGAUGGUGCAACGUUCCUCAUCUCCACGAUCGUAGGCUUCGAGCUCGGCUCCCGAAUCGGCCGUGCCCUCCACGGUCCUGAUAUGCUGAGCCGUGGGUGGCAUAGCGGCGCCGUCUUCGGUCCUCCAGUCGCAGCAGCCGCGGUUUCAACCCUCCUUGAUCUCACCUCCGGAAAGAUAGAGGAUUCCGUUGGCACAGCGUGCACCCAGGCCUGCGAUUUGAUGUCUGCACAAUAUGAGAGCAUGGCAAAGCGCAUGCAGCACGCUUUUGCCGCCCGCAACGGACUCUUUGCCGCUUUGAUGUCCAGAGAAAAUUAUACAGGCAUCGAUCAAGUUUUCGAGAGACCAUAUGGCGGCUAUCUCUCUACCUUCGGUCAAGGCUCGACGUAUGACCCCACUUACAAAGAGAACGAGCUCAUUGGUUGCUUGGGACGGGACUGGAGAGGCAUUGAAGGGAUCAGACUCAAGGAAUACAACUCGAUGAUCGCGACACAUGCUCCUGUUGACUGCAUUGCUACGCUGCAGGCAAAGCACCCCGAAAGAUUCGCAGACCUCGGGUCCGUGAGCAAGAUUGUGAUCGAGCAGCCCAAGGCUCCUCACGCACACGGUGAUCAGCAGAUCGAUCGACCCAUCACAACGACCGGCGCUCAGAUGAACUUGAUCCGGAAGAUUGACUGCGUGUGGAAUGAAGAGUUUGACGAGAAGAGUGCUUGGUACACGAGAGCGUCAGUAGAAUUUACCGAUGGCGAGAGCUGGGUGCAGGAAUUGCCGGUCUUGAAAGCUAUCGGAAGCCUUGUUUCUGGGUGUGGGAUUAAGGAAAAAUGGAGGGUGAUAUGUCCUCCUGCACGACCUGAGAUCAUUUCUGUCGCAAAUCUCAGUGGCAGUAUGGUCAACGAGAUCCCAAUGCUGAUAUCUGCGCUGAAAGUCUUUCUAAAGUCUUUACCGGUCGGUGUGAAUAUUAAAAUCUGUUCCUUUGGAUCCACUCACUCUUUCCUUUGGCCCAAAAGCCGAUCAUAUGACAAUGACUCGCUUAAGGAGGCGAUAGCCCAUGUCGAACAUUUCAAGGCCGACUACUGCGGGACUGAGACUCAGAAUGCCGUUCGAGCGGCCAUCGACAGCCGUUUCGCAGACCCCGACUGCGAGAUUCUGGUCUUGACUGACGGUGACAUACGUCGCCAACACAAACUUUUCAGCUAUCUCAACGACACUGUUGGCGGCAGCAUUCGCGUGUUUCCACUAGGAAUUGGCGAUGGCGUUUCUACCAGCCUUGUUGAGGGUGUCGCUCGUGCUGGCAAAGGUUUCGCGCAGAUGGUUAACGAAGGUGAGAAGCUUGACAACAAAAAUGGUUCGUAUGCUGGAGGCAGCAUUGUCUCCGCACGUCUCAGACUACACUAUGGAGUUCAGGUCAUGCUUACCAAGCAAAAGGCACCACAGGAAACAACGGAAGAACAUGAAAAUCCCAUCUCGCUCUUCGACUCAAGCAUCAAGACAGAAGAGGAAGGGUGCCCGCUUUCGCUGGGCAAUGACAAUGAGGAUCCGUAUGCACAUCUGCCAGGUGUUCCAACGCCAAAGCUGCUACAAGCACCACACCGGAUACCUCCAUUAUUCCCUUUCGCACGAACUACAGCCUACCUCCUUCUGUCUCCUGAUUCUACCCAAAAGACUCCCAAGUCGGUGAUUUUGCGGGGCGCAUCUCCACAAGGGCCUCUGGAGCUUGAGAUCUCGAUCCAAAGAUUGCCUGAGCCAGGCAAAAAGAUCCAUCAGUUGGCUGCGAAGAAAAUCAUGCAAGAGCUCGAGGAAGGUCGAGGCUGGAUCUGUGAUGCCAAAGACAACGAGAGUGGAAGGCUAUUGAAGGACAUUCAUCCCAGCUGUUUUGAGGAGAUCGUCCAACGUGAGGCCGUUCGAUUGGGGUUGCGAUUCCAAGUGGGUGGGAAGUAG